CGUCUACGGCGUCCAAUCAGGAGCAGGGAGCGAGGGCGCGGUGACAGAUCCGGAAAUGCACCAAUCGUCAGGCUGAGCGCUGGUGUCCGCCCGCAAGGUUUCCCCGCUGAGGAAGUGAAGUCAGUCCAACAUGAGUUUCCACUACGGCCAGGGCUAUCCAGGAGGGGGCAACCCACCGGCAGGUGCUUCAUAUGGGGGAGGCCGCGGCCCCUACGGGCAGCCCCACUCAGCUCCGUACGGUGGUGCAGCAGGUCUACCGGGAGGUCAUUACGGGGGUGGUGGAGCCCCAGGUCAUGGAGGGCAGUAUGGGCCUGGACCAGGGGGUGCCCCCAGUGGGCCUUAUGGGGGCUACGGGGGACAGCCGACUGCAGGACCUUACGGACACCAUGCUCCUGCAGGAAACAUCCCUCCUGGCGUGAACCCAGAGGCAUACCAGUGGUUCCACACUGUCGACACGGACCGCAGCGGCUUCAUUAACCUGAAGGAGCUGAAGCAGGCACUUGUCAACUCCAACUGGUCUGCGUUCAAUGACGAGACCUGCCUCAUGAUGAUCAACAUGUUUGACAAGACUCGAUCAGGUCGCAUUGACCUGUUUGGCUUCUCAGCACUGUGGGAAUUCAUGCAGCGGUGGAGGUUGUUGUUUCAGCAGUUUGACAGGGACCGCUCAGGGAGCAUCAAUGGCAUGGAGCUACACCAAGCUCUUGCUCAGAUGGGCUACAACCUCAGUCCACAGUUUUCUGAGACGCUGGUGCAGCGCCUUGCCUUGCGGGGCGGGCGUCCCGGCAUCCAGCUGGACCGUUUCAUUCAGGUGUGCACCCAGCUCCAGAGCAUGACACAGGUGUUCCGGGAGAGGGACACGACCAUGACAGGCAACAUCCGCCUCAACUACGAGGAUUUCCUCUCGGGCGCCGUCACCAGGCUCAUGUGAGCCACUGACAGCAUCAUUCCACGUUCAGUUUUCAGUGUUCUCCCAUCAGUGCCCCCACAUGUUGGUACGUCCGCAGUGUCACAGCCAGCGCACAUUGUUCCUGGGCUUGUUGCUGUAAAUAGAUAAAGCUUAUAAAGCUCUUAUAAAGGAAACUAAAGCAUUUACUGUUUAGGUCAACUGUAACCAGGGGUUUAAGUUAUACUGAAGUUCCCUCCGAACAGGUCCGACUCACCGUAGAUGCCUUGGUGACAGUGACAUUUAACUUUACCAGAACCAGUGUUUGGUUAAAGUUAUGAAUAGUUCAACUUCGAUCAGAGAGGGUCCUUGUGUAUAUACAUGUUUAAUUAACUGAGCAGCCCCUGCCACCAUAUUUCUGUCAGGGCUGAAUCAAUGCAUCAUUGGAAAAAGACCCUUAGUUGGAGAAUAAAAAUAAUUGGACCGUCUGCUCCUACAGUGGAGUACAGGAAUGGCCAAUGCUGAACUACAAAUGUAUAUCCUGUGAAUUUGCUCCUGCUUAGCAUCAACGUGGUCCUGUGCCUUUUGAACGAUUCACCUUUGAAGUCAUACAUAUCCUGGCUACUUCCAGGGUCCACACAGGAGUAAUAUUGCCAAUUUAUUAUUCAAUCCUCUUAUUUAGUGGAGUGUUGUUUAAAAUAAAAGAAAAAGAGAAAAAAUGAUUAUCAUGUUUGCUAAAUUGUUCUCCUAUAUGCCAGUAUUAACUAUAUAUAUAUAUAUAUAUAUAUACAUAUAUAUAUAUAUAUAUAUAAAUCUGUGACCAAAGCAUAAAAGAACUGAAAAACUGUUUGCCACCUUUAUUUCAUUGAUUAUGAUUAUGAUGCCAGUAACGGAUGAUACACUCUGUGUCAUACGUGACAUUCUGAAAUCUGAAAUCUGAAAUGUUUCUUUAUGCCGGAAACAAAUAAAUGUCAUCGUAUCACA